GCACACGUACACGCGCGCACUGCAAUAUUCAUCCUUUCAAAAAAUAAAUAAAUAAUAAUAAUAAUAAUAAUCGGAGAGAGCAAGCCAUUUGAUUGGUCAAUAAUUAGCAAAACAAUCACACACCCACGUGGUGACUGACCAACAGAAUAGAUUUAUGAAAAACGAAUAUGAUUGACCAUAUUUGGACAUGCGAGGCUUCCGCCCUACAGCUGCGAUGUAUACUACUUAUUCAUCAAGAUUUUAUAUAUAUUUUUUUUGGCUCAUCAUUCAUGUCGUUGAUUCGCUUGACGUCCGAUACCGUUCGCACCGUACCGCGUGUCAUUCCUUUUCUGUCACGCGUUCCCGGAAUCAACGCAGUCAAAGGUCAUUCGUAUUCAUCAUGCGCUCUUUGGGUCACAAACGACUCGCUUCUGCUUUUGGAGGAAAACGAAAGGCGAACGAGAACGGCCUCAGGCCCCAAAAAACGAAAACUGCACCUGCGUGCGUGCGUGCAGGCAUGGCGACCGUUUACAGCAGGUUCAAGUUUGUGGAGAAGCUGAGCGAGGCGGCGAGCGCGCGGCUGAACAAGACUUCGCUGGUGCUGGGAAUGCUCGCCUGCUUGGGAAUGUGCGUGGUCGCCACGUUCCAGGAGACGACGGUGACGGCGGUUCACGACAUCGGGGCCUUGCUGUUCUUCGUCUCGGGCGUCCUCUACAUCCUCCUGCAGUCCGUCAUUUCCUACCGGGCGUUCCCGUGCAGCUCGUCGGCGGCGGUGUGCCGGGCGCGGCUGGCCGUGGCCGUCGUCGCCUCUCUGGCCUUCUUCCCGACUGUCAUUUGCGCGUUUUUCGUCAAGCAAAUGGACCUGCACAGAGACACGGGGAGCAAGGACUAUCCGUUCCACAUGGCCAGCGCCGUGUGCGAGUGGAUCGUGGCCUUCAGCUUCAUCUGCUUCUUCCUCACCUACAUUGACGACUUUAAACUGUUUACGUUGCGGGUCAAGGCCGAGCUGCUGUAGCGGAAGAGCGACGACGCACACUUCCUGUAGCACUUCGCGGGCGACUCCGCUCGGCCUGUUGAACUUUGCUCCUCCGCUCUUGCGACACGACGGCGGCGCCUCUUGAAAAAGAAAAUUACGAGAAGCGGGUGUAAUCGACGAGCACUGCGGUCACAUGACGCUGUUAAAACAGCCACUUAUAUUUUGAUACCUUUGUUCCAGUUGCCAGCGCAGCAGCAUGUGACUGACUGAAAGCAAUCUUUAAUGUUUCAGGUAGUACACUACUCCCAAAAGUUGAUUUGGAAAUUUCACCCUGACUAUUUGUGAGUAGUGUAUAUGUUAUGCAUAAAUAUCAUUUCACGAUCAAUUAAUCAGUAUUGCAGGUCCAAAUAUCGCAGUUAUCUAUCGUGUGCUUAAAUGUGCUUUGUGGGGAAAAAGGGACUGAUGAAAAGCAUUUAAUGUAUUGUUUAUUCAACACUGCCGAGCGCGACAAUAAAGACACUUUUUUACAAUGUUUAAAAAAAAA